AUGAACAAUUUGUUAAAUAAUGAAAAAAUGUUGGAAAAAAAACGUGAAUAUACUUCAAGUAUUUUAACUGAAGACGACAGAUUAUCCGAAGUAAAUAAAACGGAAGUAAUGCAGUUUGUAAAUAAUAAAUCACUUAUAAAGUCUAUUAACACGCAACUCGCGGCAAUUAAUCAAGAAAUUUACAAUCAUGAUAUAAUCGAUAGAUUGGAUUUGUUAUUAAACUCAAUACGUAUUUGUGCUUGCCAUCAUUUCAAAGGAAGUAGAACAUACGCUUUUGGAUCACGCAUAACAGGUCUUGCAAAUAAACAUAGUGAUGUGGAUUUAUACAUUGAAAUCGCUAACAGCUUUUGCGGAGAAUUAAGUAAUGAUCCAUAUGCUCAAAAUGAUCUAAUACGUUACGUUGAAAAAUUAUUUCGGUCUCAAAAAUAUGAAUAUUCACAAAUACGAUCAAUAACUACUGCACGCGUGCCUAUUAUUAAAUUUUUUCAUGUCCCUACUGGCUUUUAUUGUGAUUUAUCUUUUAGAAGUGGCCUCAGUAUAUAUAACACUAGAUUAGUCAAGUUAUAUUUAUCAUUGGAUGAACGUGUUUACUGGGUAGUUUGUGCAGUUGUUAAAUGUUGGGCAUUAGACAAUUAUAUAAAAGAACAAUGUAUGUUUAACAGCUAUGCUUUAGCAUGGUUGGUUCUCUUUUAUUUGAUGGCCAUAAAAGUUGUACCUCCAUUAUUAUUACUCAGAGAACAUGCAGACCAUUCGAAUUCAUUUAGAUCAGAUGUCAUAUUUAUAGAAGGUUGGAACUGUACCUUCUGUACUGUAGAAAAAGCCAAACAAAUAUGGAGAGUACCAGCUAUUUCUCGUUGGAACUUAUUAUUUGGGUUUUUAAAAUUUUAUUCAGAUUCCAAUAAACUUAACCGAAUUGUACUUUGUCCAGUUAUUGGAACUUCUAUACUCAAAGACAAUAUGUAUAAAGUUCCAAUGAUGAAUCCAGAUAUAUUAGGUUUUGACCCCCAAAAUAAUGGUCUACCUAUUGAUUGGUGUAUAAAAUUGAAAAAUAGCUUUCGUGUUGAAGGUCUUGCCCUACAAGAUCCUUUAGAUCUUUUAAACAAUUUAACAAAACGUACAAAACCCGAUAAGCUACAAAUUUUCUCUUAUUCGUGCAAUUUGUCUUUAGAAGUCAUGAAGAACAAAAGAAGAAAGUUAAAUGCGAUUUAA